AUGUAUACGGUUUCAGUUGCUGGUCAAGGUCUCUGCAAGCGACACGUAGACCAAAUGCUGCGAUAUACGUACACAGACAAACUACACGAGACCGCAAAUGACGUAUGUUGUGUAUCAGCAUUUCACCCGCAGUAUCCGACUGCCAUCUCCCCCGCACCUCCUCCCGUUGGUAUGCCGGAUAAUAAAAAUAACGCUCCGCCAAACGGCACAGCAUUCACGAAUACGCAUUCUUAUGCCGACACAUCUUCACGAGAAGGCAGUGAGCCAACUUUAACGCUAGAUGCGGAUAGACGCGAGGUGGUGGUGGCAGAAGGACAUAGUGUCUCGGUGGUAGGGAUAAUAAUCGAUCGACAGGAUAGUGGGGAACAACCAGAGUCUGCUGUUGCACCUAAGCCCGGUCCUUCCCCUUCCACAUAG